UAAACACGCGAAGAAAAAACAUUCUAGUGUUCCGUGGUAUACAUAUUUUCCACAUGACAUACCUCCUUUCGUCAUUUGAAGGAGCAUUAGGUGGAUUGUUAUCCAUCGCUGGUUUGUUUUUAGCAAAGAAUAGCCUGCAGUGUGCAUGUGCGUUUAAGUAGAUUUCGCAAAGAGGGUACCGAUAUGGAUAUGCAACUCACUAUGUCAAAACGAUAUGUUGAUAACGCACAAAACCGAAGGCUUGGGCGCGUUGGAUUGCCACUGGGUAGCAUGCCAGAACAUAAGGACAACAGGGGGACGACAAGUACCGGAAAUGAACAGCCUGCGCGGAAUGGAACAAGUUCUGAUACCUAUGUCGACAAUGCACAAAACCGCGGGCUCGGAAGAGUUGGCUUACCUAAAGGUUCGGCGGUUGUAUCUAAAACUAGCAGCAAUAAAAGUCUUGGCGCGAACGCCAGUAUAAACCAUGGUGAUUCUGUAGCACACAGAAUGCAACCAGCACAGAGUGGUGCGUGUGCUGAUACUUAUGUUGACAAUGCAGAAAAACGCAAGGUUGGGAGAGUUGGGUUGCCAAAGGGAAGUGCCGUCGUGUCUAAGGUUAAGAACAAUGAGAUAAAUGACAAAACGAACGAUUGUGUUCGAAGUGGUGUGGCUUCAGCUGCGGAGCAUCUAGCACAACCGGCUGCGACUGGUACUUAUGUUGACAAUGAAUUCAACCGCAAACAUGGGAGAGUUGGGAUGCCAAAGGGAACUAUGGUUGUUUCCAAGGCUAAGAACAACAACCAAAGAGACAGUGACAGUCGAAACUCGAGUCCCGAUUCUGUAAUACCUGCUAAGAGUCUAAAUGGUAAGAAUUACGAAGUUGCCAAACAGAUGGGAACAGUGGAUUCAUUCUCCGAUGAUACUACACCAAUUGGUCAUAGAAGUGCUGUGAAAUCCGGUCCCGAUGGAAAUCUUUCUGUCAACUUUGAUGUCGACACGACAGAUCGGCGUAAGGUAUAUGUAGAUAAUCCACAGAACCAGAAGUUAGGAAGGGUUGGUAUGUAUCAUGGAGAGGCUGCCGUAUGUAAAGACAGUAACAUCAGCCAUGUUCCGGCCACAGAUGUAAAGCGUUACGUUGAUAGUCCUACCAAUCAGCGUCUAGGACGGGUCGGAUUACCGGUUGGUACAGCGGUAUUUUCAUCGAAGAAUAAAUGUGUUAUGCAGAAAAACUACGAUAAUAGCAGUUUGAAUAUAAAGCUAGGUCGAGCAGGUAAACCACUUGGAAGCUUGCCUAUACAGAAAAAGAAGAGCAAAACCACGGCCAAAAUCCCCGAAAUGUUGAAAAGGAUUGAGGACAAAGAUGAGUUUUCGGAUUAUAGAUUUGAGGACAGGGGAUCCAUCAGUUGUGAUAUGGGGUUGGCAUUGCUUGACUCGCAAGGAGACAGGGUUGAAGCAUAUGAUCAAGCGAUGUAUAGGCACAACCGACUUCAAGAAGAAAUUUCGUGGGAGCAGAGCGGCCCGACAAAAGCUCCUCCAAAGACUCAGUUUGAUAUUUUGAAAGAUUACAAAGGUAAGAAGAUCCCAUACGACGAGCUUAAACUCCGUAAGGUUAUUGGAAGUGGUGGUUUUGGCCGAGUUUAUUUCGCUAAAUGGCAAGAAACGGUUGUAGCUGUCAAGAAGCUUCAAAACGAGAAGAUCUCGGAGUCAAGAAUUAAGGACUUUUCCGUCGAAGUCCUGAAGUUUUGUACGCUUGACCAUCCUAACAUUGUGAAAUUUAUAGGAGCUUGCGUAGAGAAACCGAAUCUCUGUAUCGUAAUGGAAUACAUGCAGAUGACCCUUUACGACGCCUUGCAUGUAAAAGAUGACACCAUCAACUUCAGCGAAGAUGAACAGAUCGAUAUAAUUAAUCAGACGAGCGCAGGAUUGGAAUAUUUACACACCAAAAGAAUCGCACACUGCGAUCUUAAAACACCAAAUAUCUUAAUGGAUUAUGUUCAAAAUGAAAUUUGUGAAGUUAAAAUCACAGAUUUUGGUCUAAGUAUGAUUAUACACGACACAACGGUAUCGGUAGAUGAACUGGUGCGUAAUAUUGGCACGCCGCAAUAUUCACCACCAGAAAUGCUCCGUGGAGAGGUACUCUCCGCUAAAGAUAUGAUGAAGGCAGACGUGUAUUCAUUGGCUAUUGUACUCCUAGAGGUUAUUUUCAAAGAUGAGCCGUUUCCCGAUUAUACGUACCAACAGCUUAAGAACGAAGUAGGCAUAGAGGGAAAUGUGCCGGAAGUCCCAUCGUCUCCAGAUAUCGAUAAAAGUAUUAAGGACAUCAUGAAUCUAGCUUGGAGCUUUGAACCAAGAGAAAGGCCCACUGUAUCAGACAUUUGUGAGACUGUUCGUAAAUGUCAGUCAAUCUACAAGGACGUUUUGUGCGUUAUCAACAUGCCUAAGGUUAAGAGUAAAGAGAUAAAUGACAAAACUAACGACAAUAGUCAAAGUGGUUUCGCCACAGGAGCAGAACAUCUAGGACAACCGGUCGCGCCUGGUACUGAUGUUGACAAUGCAUCUAACCGCAAAAUCGGGAGGGUCGCUUUUCCAAAGAGAUCUAUGGUUGUUUCCAUGGCUAAGAAUAGCAAUCAAAGAUACAUUACAAAUCCGUGUCCAGGCUCUGAAAUACCUCCUGAGAGUCUUAAUGGUAAGAAUUACGAAGUUGCCAACCAGAUUGGAACAGUGGAUUCAUUCUCCGAUGAUACUACACCAAUUGGUCAUAGAAAAGGAGAGGCUGUCGUAUGUAAAGACAGUAACAUCAGCCAUGUUCCGGCCACAGAUGUAAAGCGUUACGUUGAUAAUCCUCAAAAUCGGCGUCUAGGACGGGUCGGAGAACCAGUUGGUACCGUUGUAUAUUCAUCGAAGAAUAAAUGUGUUAUGCAGAAAAACUACGGUAAUAGCAGUUUGAAUAUAAAGCAAGGUCGAGCAGGUAAACCACUUGGAAGCUUACCUAUACAGAAAAAGAAGAGCAAAACCACGGCCAAAAUCCCCGAAAUGCUGAAAAGAAUUGAGGACAAAGAUGAGUUUUCGGAUUAUAGAUUUGAGGAUAGGGGAUCCAUCAGUUGUGAUAUGGGGUUGACAUUGCUUGACUCGCAAGGUGACAGGGUUGAAGCAUAUGAUCAAGCGAUGUAUAUGCACAACCGACUUCAGGAAGAAAUUUCGUGGGAGCAGAGCGGCCCGACAAAAGCUCCUCCAAAGACUCAAUUGGAUAUUUUGAAACAUUAUAAAGGUAAAAUGAUCCCAUACGACGAGCUUAAACUCCGUAAGGUUAUUGGAAGUGGUUGUUGCGCCCGAGUUUAUUUCGCUAAAUGGCAAGAAACGGUGGUAGCAGUCAAGGAGCUUCAAAACGAGAAAAUCUCGGAGUCGAGAAUUAAAGACUUUUCCGUAGAAGUUCUGAAGUUUUGUAAGCUUGACCAUCCUAACAUUGUGAAAUUUAUAGGAGCUUGUAUAGAGAAACCGAAUCUCUGUAUCGUGAUGGAAUACAUGCAGAUGACCCUUUACGACGCCUUGCAUGUAAAAGAUGACACCAUCAACUUCAGCGAAGCUGAACAGAUCGAUAUAAUUAAUCAGACGAGCGCAGGAUUGGAAUACCUACACACCAAAAGAAUCGCACACUGCGAUCUUAAAACACAAAAUAUCUUAAUGGAUUAUGUUCAAGAUGAAAUUUGUGAAGUUAAAAUUACAGAUUUGGGUCUAAGCAUGAUUAUUCACGACACAACAGUGUGGGAAGAAGAACUGGUGCGUAAUAUUGGCACGCCGCAAUAUUCACCGCCAGAAAUGCUCCGUGGAGAGGUACUCUCCGCUAAAGAUAUGAUGAAGGCAGACGUGUAUUCAUUGGCUUUUGUGCUCCUGGAGGUAAUUUUCAAAGAUGAACCGUUUCCCGAUUAUACGUAUCAACAGCUGAAGAACGAAGUAGGCAUAGCGGGAAAUGUGCCGGAAGUCCCAUCAUUUCCAGAUAUCGAUGAAAGUAUUAAGGACAUCAUGAAUCAAGCCUGGAGUUUUGAACCACGGAAAAGGCCCACUGUAUCACAAAUUUGUGAGACUGUUCUGAAUUGUCAGACAAUAUACAAAGACUUAAAAGAUUAAUUCCUGUAAAAUACAAAGAUCUCAAAAGUAAUCCCCUUUAUCAUCAACAAUACGGAUUACUUCAUGCAUACAUUUUAGUAUCGUGUCAAUUUCUGGAUGGCAUUUUUGUAGUCUGGAAUGGAAACGAAAUUCUUAUUUUUUUUUAAAUACGAAUGUAGAGUUUGCUGUUUUUAAGUGGAUAAAUUAGCUACUUAAUUGCGAGAAAAAAAUACUUUUCAGUUCUAUGACUUUUAGGACCAUAUUUAUCUCAUUCAGUAAUGAAUAUCCAAGUUAACCAACUGUAUUUUGCAGAUAUUUCUAAAGCAAAAGAACAGCGUGAGAUAACAGCGUGUAUCAGAGUAGAAAGAAAUGCAGUUUAUAUGUAGCUGACAAUAUUGAACGAUUAGUAGAAUCAAUUCGAAGGUUAUCAAAAUUAUCAGAGUUUUAUGGAAAAGUGUAGGAAUAUUUAUUAUUGUUUUUUUAGCAGUACUUAACAGAUCCACUGGCUAGCUAAUUCCGCCACAUGAAACAGUUCAACA